AUGUCGGAAGGGGAACCGACCAAGCCCUUGGCGCCGACGAAUCCUUUGCCGGAAAACCGGUUCGAGCUGGAACUGGAAUUCGUUCAGGCGCUCGCAUCGCCGGCGUAUCUACACUUUUUGGCCACGUCGAGAGCCGAAGAAGACGGCAAGCUUUUUCUGCAAGAUUCUUCCUUCCAACAGUAUCUUCGCUAUCUUUUCGAUACGUGGAGCCGCCCGGAAUACGCGAGGUUUUUGUCGUAUCCUCACGCUCUGUACUUUCUCGAGUUGCUGAUUGAGAAGCCCACUGUCUUGAAGGAAUGGAGUUUGCCAGCCUUUCGGAACUUUUGUCACCGGCAACAAUUUUUAUCCUGGCAACAUCGCCACGAGUCUCUCUACGGUAAGGGAACAGUCCCCGCUGCUAUGGACCCGAAGAUCGACGGUACUACUUCUCCCGUCGUACCUAGAGCAGACGAAGAGUCGGCGGUGAACAAUUGA